AUCCGGGUCCUUGAGCUUCGCGCUCCGCACGCUGGUUGGGUAGUUCUGGGAUUGUUGGGUGGGAGCUGAUUCCGCAGUUUCAGCGUCUGUAGAGCGAGUGGGUCAGCAGGUUUGACUUCUUGUUCAGGAAGCUGUACAUCACAUAAUGAGGCUCGUAAUUCUUGAUAACUAUGACUUGGCUAGUGAAUGGGCAGCCAAAUACAUCUGUAAUCGCAUCAUUCAGUUCAAACCCGGAGAGGACAGAUACUUUACAUUGGGUUUACCAACAGGGAGUACACCUUUAGGAUGUUACAGAAAACUAAUAGAGUACCACAAGAAUGGAGACCUUUCUUUUAAAUAUGUGAAGACCUUUAAUAUGGAUGAAUAUGUAGGUCUUCCCAGAAAUCAUCCUGAAAGCUACCAUUCUUAUAUGUGGAAUAACUUUUUUAAGCAUAUUGAUAUAGAUCCUAAAAAUGCUCAUAUCCUUGAUGGGAAUGCUGCAGAUUUACAAGCAGAAUGUGAUGCAUUUGAAAAGAAAAUAAAAGAAGCUGGAGGAAUUGAUCUUUUUGUUGGAGGCAUUGGUCCAGAUGGUCAUAUCGCUUUCAACGAGCCAGGAUCCAGUUUAGUAUCAAGGACAAGAUUAAAGACUCUAGCAAUGGACACCAUUUUGGCAAAUGCUAAAUAUUUUGAUGGAGAUUUAUCAAAAGUGCCAACUAUGGCUUUAACAGUUGGUGUGGGGACAGUGAUGGAUGCAAGAGAAGUAAUGAUCCUCAUAACAGGUGCACACAAGGCAUUUGCUCUCUACAAGGCAAUAGAAGAAGGAGUGAAUCAUAUGUGGACUGUUUCGGCUUUCCAGCAGCAUCCCCGAACGAUUUUUGUGUGUGAUGAAGAUGCUACUUUAGAAUUAAGAGUUAAAACUGUGAAAUACUUUAAAGCUUGUUUUAUGUCAUUGAGGUAUUACUUUCAAGACAUCAUCACCAUGCUGCAUGGAAGGCUUAACUGCUGUCCCUCCACAAUCCUACCUCCAAGAUUCCAAGCUUAGCCUAAUCCUCAAGCCUCCUUUUCCUUCCAGGUCUAACCAUUCUGUCAAUGUCCUUGAUCCUCUUCUGUCCUAACUUAAGGACCUUGGAUGACAGACUGUCUCCAUCCUUUUCUUUUCUACUGCCUCCUUUUUAUCCAUAUGUUCUAGGUUCAUUUCAAAUUUCAAAAAAAGGCUUUUGGAUACCACCAUCUCAGUGAACCUUCAUAUACUUUUUACAAUAAAUGUUUAUUGAGCUUCCACUGUGUGCCGUGACCUUUAUAGAUUCAGGAUAAAGACUGACUGUAAGAGCAAUGGAGAUAAGUUCCUGGACCUUAUUUCUAGUUAGAAACAUGGUAGAAAAACAUAUUUUCUAAGAGUGAAAACUGCUCUAAAGAAAUAGUAGUUCAUUUUAAUGUGACAUUUGACUGAGACCUAACAAACAAAAAGCAGGCAUGCUUUGCACAAUGAGAAGAGCACUCCAGGCUGAAUGGAACAGCAAGCAGAAAGCCUGCACUGGAACCAUGCUUAGCCUUACUCAAGUAACAGCAGCAAACGGAGGGCUGACUCAGAUGGGGGGAAGUUAGAGGACAUGAGGUCAGAAGGACAAAGACGAUAGGAUAAAAUUAUGUUAUUUUCUAAGUGCCCAAAACAAUUGGAGAAUUUAAGUAGGGAAAUGGUAUAAUCCAGUUUGUUUUUGAAAAGAUUGAGCAUGCCUGCUGUACAAAGACUGUAUUAUGGGACAGGAGAAAUGAAUGAAAGUAUGGUGUUGGAGGUAGGUAGAGUGAUAGUGGCUUUGACUAGUGUGGUAGCUGUGUAUUUGAUGAACUGUCUAGUUUGGGAGUACUUUGAAGCUAGAGCCACCUGCUCUUGCUGCUUAAUUAAAACAGGAAAAACAAGGAAUUUAAUAUGUCUGGCUUUAGCAGCUUAUUGAAGUUAGUAACACUGUAAACUAAGAUUUUCAAUGAAAAUGGUUGGGAAGGGAAAAAAUGGGUCUAAACCUUAAGUUUGAGGUGCCAAUUACAGAGAUAGGCUAUUGAAGUUAAAUUAUCACUUUCAUUUGUACUAGUCAAUGUUUCUCUUUUCCCUCUUAUUAAAAAGUGUUCACUUUGGUUUUUCUACUAUAUGAACAAGGUAGUACUUGUUAUGUUCCUUUCUUUACUUAUCUCUCAAAAAGCGGGUCUUCCUCACAGUCUGGAAUUCAGAGACUUUUGCAGACUUUCUAACAAUGAACAUUUGCUUAGGUAACAAGUACCCUGUCUCCCCAGUCCAGUAACCAUACUUACUGAGUCUCUUUCCCAGCCACCAUGUUCUUAUCAAACUGUAAAAUUUGCCUGAUUUCUUUUAACCUUCAAAAUAUAAAUUCAGUUCAUUAACUGGAACUAUCUUUGUUCCCUAGAUAUAAUACUAUGAGUAACUGGAAGGUAUUUCCCAAAAAGUUUUAAUAAGUAAGAACAAUUUAUAAGCAACCGAUUCUAAGAUAAAACUUAAAGCUACUUGGAAAUUAAUAUUUAAUGUUAUUUUCUGCAUUGUUUUUGUUAACCUCCCCAAGUGUGCUUGUAAUCAUCCCUACUAUAAAUACACGUCAAAAUAACGAAAAAUAAUUUGCCAGGAGAAAGGAUACAGUAAUAUAUUGAAAAGCUAUCUUAGUGUAAUAGCAGUUCUGAGCCUCUUGGGAGUUUUGUAGAGAAACUGACAGAGGUUCCAAACUCAACAGACUUCUAGAUAUAAUUAAAAUGUUUUAAACAAGUCAGUAUUCAAAUUUAUUAUUGUCAUAUUGAAGCUCUGAAGACAAGAACUGCCCCUACAUCUGUUGAUAUCCAGGGAACCUAUACACCGUUCUACAUCUAUAGGUUCAUAGAUAAUUGUAAGUUUGAUAUCUGCUAGGCAGUUUAACAUUGUGAAACAUUUCUAUUUCCAUUUUUCAGUGGUUAACUUUUGUAUCAUAUGGAAACAUUUAUAAAAUCUUGUUUUCUAAAGUAAAUGACACAUAGUUCAAAAUUAAAAAUACAACUA